UUCCUGUCUCCUCGCUACUUCACUUCCGGCCCGCAGGCAAACCCGGAAGAGACUCCCCGUCAUGGCCGCCUGGUGGUUGUCGCCGCUGCUGCCGCUGCUGCUGCUGCUGGCGGCAUGGGCGCACGGGAACUCUGUGGAGCAGAAGAUUUACGUGGAGCUGAAGGACACGGCGGCGUGCGUGAGGCUCAUGAACGGCACUCACCAGAUCGGCUGCCAAUCGUCUGUGGGCGGUGACACGGGCGUGCUGCACCUGGUGUCCGGCGCGGAAGACCUGGCGUGGGUUCUCAAGGACGGACCCCACUCGCCCUACAUGGCUCUGCUGGACAACUACAUGUUCUCCAGGGAGACCAUGAUGCAGCUGAAGGUGGCGCGUGGCCGUGUGGCCGGCGUUGUGGUGAUGCUGCACCAGCAGGAGGCGCCGCCCGUCGCUCCCGUCAACUUCUCCCACGACCUCUCCUGCCCCAACGACAAAUUCGGAGUGUACGAGGACACGGAUUACGCCCACUGCCGCCGCGCCGUGUGGAACCCGUCGGGUUCCGGCUUGGCUCUCGAGGACUUUAGCUUCCCGGUUUUCUUGCUGCGCGACGCCAACGAGACCAGCGCCGUCCUGCAGUGCGUGAGGGAUCACAAUGUUCCGAUCAACGCGACGUCGAAGGUGGUGGAUUACCCUCUGUGCGCGAUUCAGCUCAAGUCUCACAUGCACGGGGUGCGCGACACCGUGACCUGCAUGCGCCGCUCUAAUCUCUUCAACAACCUCAACCCUGAGUUGGUGUGUGAUUCACUGGGCGACUAUAACGUGCUGGGGGUUCUGCAACCGAUCAACCAAUCGAUGAAGGGCAAACCGGACAAGGAUAUCAUCAUAGCAGCUGCACGGCUGGACAGCCGCUCGUUCUUCUGGAACGUGACGUCGGGCGCCGACAGCGCCGCCUCCGGCUUCGUCACGCUGCUGGCGGCCGCGGAGGCCCUCGCCGCGCUGGGCAACGCGUCGCGCUCGCUGCCACGCAACGUCCUCUUCCUGUUCCUGCAGGGGGAGGCGUUUGACUACAUUGGCAGCUCGCGGUUCGUGUACGACAUCAUGCGCAACAAGUCGUUCCUGUCCCUGGACAGCAUCCACUCCUUCCUCGAAAUCAGCCAGGUGGGGCUGCGUGACGGAGCCACGGUGUGGGCGCACAGCGACCCAAUCUCUCGGCAGGUCCCCCAAGUCAACGAAUCCGUGUGGUCCAUGGUGGAGGCCCUGCGAGCGGGCGGCCUCACCGUGGCGACCCCUGACCCCGAGCAGCCGCUGCCGCCCUCGUCGCUGCAGCGCUUCCUGCGGCACAGGAACCUGAGCGGGGUGGUGCUGGCAGAGCACCGCACCGCCUUCCACAACCAGUACUACCACAGCGUGUACGAUGUGGCGCCCAACAUCAAGCUGAGCUUCCCGGAGGGGCUCACGCCAGAGGAGGAGCUCACCUACCCCAGCGACAUCGCCAAGAACCUCACGGAGCUGGCCACAGGCGUGGCGAGGGCGCUGUACCUGCAAGCAGGCGGAGACAACGAGACAAUGAUGGACAUCCAGGCCAACACCACCACUGUGGCGCGGCUUCUCUACACGCUGCUCGUUCGGGCCAACAACUCGUGGCUGCGCAGCAUCAUGGACAAGGAGAACAAGGGCAUUCUGGGCCGCCACGCGCUCAGCUUCUACGUGGGCGUGAGCGACAACUGGAGCCACAACGACAUCACGCAGGUGGCGCUGCACGCGCUCGCCAACCUCACGGGCACCGCGAUGCCCCUCAACGAGACGGCUUGCCGCGACCCCAAGAAGCACGGCGUCGCCGACGAGGAGAUGUUCAAGUACAUCUGGGUCAUGGGCUCCCCGCCGGGCAAGGGGGCCGAGGCUGGGGACAAGGAGGGCGCUGGCUUCUGCACGCGCAGCACGGCGCACCUGUCGCCCGCCGUGUCGCCCGCCUUCGAGCUGCGGGACUUCGACUCGGGGGAGUACUCCACGUGGACAGAGUCGCGCUGGAAGCAGCUGCGGGCGCGCCUCUUCCUGGUCGCCAGCCCCCAGCUCGAGCACGUGACGCUGGCCGUGGGCUGCCUGGUGCUGGCGCUGUCUCUGUGCUCCGUCUACCUCGUUAACUCCAAGGCCGACGUCCUCUUCACCCCGACGCGCGAUGCCCACUCACCCGCUUACUGAUGUUGCACUCACCCGCUUACUGAUGUUGCACUCACCCGCUUACUGAUGUUGCACUCACCGGCUUACUGAUGUUGCACUCACCACACUUGCCAGAUUACUGAUGUUGCAUUCACCAGCUUACUGAUGUUGCACUCACCACACUCGCCAGAUUACUGAUGUUGCACUCACCCGCUUACUGAUGUUGCACUCACCACACUCGCCAGAUUACUGAUGUUGCACUCGCCAGAUUACUGAUGUUGCACUCACCAGCUUACUGAUGUUGCACUCACCCGCUUACUGAUGUUGCACUCACCACACUCACCAGCUUACUGAUGCACUCACCACACUCACCGGCUUACUGAUGCACUCACCACACUCACCGGCUUACAGAUGCACUCACCACACUCACCGGCUUACAGAUGCACUCACCACACUCACCGGCUUACAGAUGCACACACCAAACUCACCGGCUUACUGAUGCACUCACCACACUCACCGGCUUACUGAUGCACUCACCACACACCAGCUUACAGAUGCACUCACCACACUCACCGGCUUACAGAUGCACACACCAAACUCACCGGCUUACUGAUGCACUCACCACACUCACCGGCUUACUGAUGCACUCACCACACACCAGCUUACAGAUGCACUCACCACACUCACCGGCUUACAGAUGCACACACCAAACUCACCGGCUUACUGAUGCACUCACACGGCUUACUGAUGUUGCACUCACCGGCUUACUGAUGCACUUAUAGGCUUAUUGGUGUUGCACUCACGGGAUAAUUGAAGCUGUCACCACACUCAUCCACGCUCACCACUCUCACCAGCUUACUAAUGCGCUCACCACUCACCAGAUUACUGAUGCGUUCACCACACCCGCCAGCUUAUUGAUGCACUCACCACUCAUCCACACUCGCCACUCACAAUGCUCGGCUGCAUACUAACCACGCACCCUCUUAAGAAUACUCACCACUUCACUAAACACUCCCACACACUCACCCACUCCCACACACACUCACCCUCUCUCUCAUACAGACUCACCCUCUCUCACACACUCACCCUCUCACACACACGCACACUAACCCUCUCCCCCUCACACUCACCCUCUCAUACACACACACUCACCCUCUCCCCCACACACACUCACCCUCUCCCCCACACACACUCACCCUCUCCCCCACACACACUCACCCUCUCCCCCACACACACUCACCCUCUCCCCCACACACACUCACCCUCUCGCACACGCACACACUCACCCUCUCGCACACGCACACACUCACCCUCUCUCCCACACACUCUCACCCUCUCCCCCACACACUCACCCUCUCGCACACACCCUCUCCCACACACUCACCCUCUCUCCCACACGCACCUCUCACACACACACACACUCACCCUCUCCCCCACACGCACUCACCCUCUCGCACACGCACACACUCACCCUCUCCCCCACACACACUCACCCUCUCCCCCACACACUCACCCUCUCACACACACGCACACUCACCCUCUCCCCCACACACUCACCCUCUCUCUCACACUCACCCUCUCAUACACACACACUCACCCUCUCCCCCACACACACUCACCCUCUCCCCCACACACACUCACCCUCUCCCCCACACACACUCACCCUCUUGCACACCCUCUUUCCCACACCCACCUCUCACAUACACACACACACUCACCCUCACCUGUGUCAGACACUGGGCAGCGACCUCCCCUCCGAGUCAGCUCACCGCCACGGGGGAGGGGGGGGGGGUCAGGUUCGACUCCCGCUAGCGGUGACCACCUGUGCUGUAUUGCGGCUGGUUAAACAAUCCUCCACAUGCAUGCAGGCAGGAAGGGCUGCUACGUGGACCUUAAAGAUCUUUCGAGGGGUCCAGGGGGGGAGGAGAGUUGGGGGUAGGGUCGGGGAUGGGGGGAGGGGGGCGU